AUGGGCUACGUUCUUCUCGCCCCAUACAAUGACUCCAUGCACUUGGGUCAAGGAUUCAAUUCCUUUCUGCAGCGGCCCUGCAUAGAUGGGGCUGUGAAGCUCACUCAAGCCGACCUUCAGACCCAAGCUGCACGCGCAGGAGGUCCUUCGAAUGUCUCGCAGGUUGUCUCAUACAGUUCACGUUUCGUCGAGAAGAUCUCAGAUGUUGUCAGGAGCAUGAAUAUCAGUGCAGCUUCAUCCAUCAAAUUAGGAACUAUCGAGGUCUCUGGAAACUCCCUCAGUAUCGACGAGGCAAAAUUUGCAGGCAGUGAUAUGAACGCUGUAAUCUCCGUCAAAGUUAUCAAUCAGAUUACAACCGCUGUUCAAAACCCUACUUUCCUGCCGUUGGAGAAGUCCAAGAAUCCGUCGGACCCGCCUCAAAAGAUGACGAGUGAAAGAUUCUUCAAAAUCUAUGGCGAUAGCUAUAUAUCAGGUUUCAUGGAAGGCGGUGAUCUACAUGGAAUCGUGUCUAUGAAAGUCCUUGACGCUUCUAAGAAGAGCAACGUUGAGACAGCGCUGAAAGGUGCCAUGAAUGGAUCUGCUGGGGAGUUCACGCUUAGCGAAGGAACCGCCACCUCUACGAUCGAAGCAGCAGUCCAAGAGACAGAAUCCACGAUAACCGUUAACUGGUCUGGAGGAGGCCAAAUCAAGAGUGACGACGCCGAAUGGACUCUUGACUCCCUAAUUCGUGCUGCCUCCGCUUUCCCGGGCCGUGUUGCAGCCUGUCCCCAGAAAACAUACGCAAUUUUGACCCCCUACAAUCGCAAUCGCAGCUUUGUCAAGUGGGCAGAGGAGAACAACAUCACGGUGCCUGACUUUUCUCCCGUUCAACAGUAUACGCAUGAUCUACUUGACAGUUUCAUGGAGUUUAAGAGUAACCUGGGUCGCAUACAGGCUGUGAUCGCUAACCCUUUGGCAUAUGGGCCAAGUCGUUUCAAUAACCCUGUCAACAUUAACAUCGAAGCACUCGUGACUGAGCGUCAGGCAAUCAAGAAAGAGAUGGCUAAGAUUGUCGGCAUCAUUGACAAACUAAACAGCAACCCGUCGGAGCUUAUCACUGAAGAGGUGCAAUCUCCUGAAGUAUGGGCUUUUAGACUCCCAGUUCUUAUAGAAUCCACAGUUGUGGACACUGGACUUUCUGCAUCACAAACAGCUCGCAUUGUCAAUGGGUUCUGUGAUAACGAUCCAACGCAAGACACGAUUGAGCCUCCUGCCAUGGGUGACCUUGAAAAUGAGAUGAAAGACAGCGUCAAGAACGUGCAGGACAAGGUACAGGAAAAGGAAAAGGAGAUAAAAAAGGAGGCACCAGCCGCCGACAUAUGCUCAGACAGCAUCAAGGAACAUCUCAUCGAGCAGGAACUAGCCUUUGUGGAUGACGAAGACAACAAGAGGAAAUACUCGCAAUACCGCUUUGAUCGCUCGGUAGGCAAGCCAACUGGAGGUUUUUUCGUCGAUGCUAUAGUUCUUGAGAAGGCAAUGUUCCCUGUCUCAUGGCCGGAAAGCAUUGAGAUACGUCUACGGGUGUGGGGCAAUGGCAAAGUGAAGCUGGUGCGGACGAUGUACCAGCAAACACAUCAGACACAUGGCACAAAUAGCGGAGAGACACAGACUAGCAUGAUCUUGGAUCUAGAGGAGGGGGAAGUUGUCAAUCUCGUAAAGCUGGGCAAGGGGAAUGCUCAUGGAGGUAUGACUGGUGUCGGAUUUGUUGAACUGCAGACUUCGAAGAGUAGGAAGGCAAGUGUUGGCUCCGAAGAGCUUUGUGAUGAGGUGAUUGAAUGUGCGCCAUAUGACGGCUGCACGGGGCUCAAAGGUUUCUGGGGUGGCAAGGGGGAUCUCAUUGAUAGACUGGGUCCGAUUUGGGGCAAACAGGACAUUUAUCUUACGAGCUGGGCAGGCCUGGGCUCGCUGGAGCACCCGUUACUCUCAAAGUCCUUCGGCUCUCUUGACGAGACAUCGAUCUCGUGUCAAUAUACACACGCCACCAUGGAAUGGAUUGUUGAGAAUUUCCAGGUCCCUGUACCUCUCGGGGACUGCUCAAUCCACGUCCUUAUCAAGAACCGAAAGUCCGUAGAAUAUGCCUUCAUUAUGGAUGGCGGCGUUGACUCUGGCGAAUAUUCUGCUUCUGAAGCUAUACUCCUGGCGCUAGGUUACGUGAAUAAAUAUCUUGGGACCCAUUACAGCAUUACAAAGAAUAUCCAGUUCAACUUGUGGGUGGUGACUCAUUGGGAUGCCGAUCAUUUUCGUGGCAUGAUGGAACUGAUUGGGGAAUUCACCGAAAAACCAAAGAAGCAGAAAAAGACAACGAAAACGAAAAAGAAAAAUAAGGGAGGGAUUGAAGAGGAAAAGGAGGAGGUGGUGGUGGCCCUCCCAAAGCCAACGGCGCGGAUGGCUGAAAUCUUUGUCAAGGAUCCAAAGUUGUAUUGUGGGCGGUUGGAAGAGCCGUUCACUUCGCAAGUCACCAAACUCGGCUUUAAGUUGACAGGGGGCGCGUCAGCACUCGGGCUUGAUAUGCUCUCAGGGGUCAAGAUCUUUAAUACCGAUGGAAAGCUUGAACCGUCUGUGCUGGAUAAAAGACGUCCACGUUUCUGCAUCAUAGGUGCAGAUGGCUCCGGCAUUUCAGUACCAAAAUUUCAGCAGGGUGUCAACAGAAAUCAGUCGUCGAUCCUAGCUGUGCUAUUCUGGCCUGAGAAUGACGGACAAUGCUGCUUCUACGCUGGUGGAGACGGUUUCCCAGAACUGGAAAGAAAGGUAAUCAACGAGUUCCUCAAGAAAAGCUCUAUUGUCAAGUUAGGCAAUGGACUUGAUCUGAUGAAGCUUGAUCAUCACGGUUCUUCGCAAGAGAAUAUCUAUGGCGGUGACCUUCGGGACGUAAAGUCAGCGCAAGCUAUGAAGCUGGCCAACAUGCCAGUCGGGAUUUUUAAGGCCAAAAACUUCCUGGUUACACCAGGGAAUCUACAUGGACAUCCAACCUAUGACGUCGUCUGGUGCCUUGUUAAUCUUCUCCGCUCAGCGACUGGGGUGGCGGAGGAUGGGAGACCAAACGGUAGAGUUUGGACCACGCGGUCUCCGUAUUGGGCGACCAAGAAGGCUCUAACAACUAAAGACCUCAGUGCGUACCACAACAAGGAUUUGCAAGAGAUCCACGAGAAAGACCUCCAGGCGUAUAAUGAUUAUGCAAAGAAGGAGUUGGACAUCGGGAUGCUUCUAGCCGCUGAAGCUCAACUUAGUCAGAAACAUUUGGAUCGAGCGAAUGCCCUCAAAACUUGGAAGAAAAAGAUACUUCAGCAAGCUGCUAUCUUAGGUGCUGACGUUAUUUCCCUUGAGUUGGACAAUAUCGAGAGGACCAUGCCAUCAUCUGAUGAAGAGGAAGACCCCAAAUCCAUUAAUGCCAUUCAAGAAGAAAAGAAACCCAAAAGGAAAAAAGACAGUGGUAAAGAAGAAGAAGAAAUCACGACAAGCACACAGAUCGACUACACCGAUACAAUACACGAUGAUGUUAUGAACAUCCGUUUUGGAGCACAUGAGAUGUGGAGUCACAUCUGCAACCAGGGUGUUGUGCCUGCACACAUUGAUCCAUUCUUUAUCGUCCACUUCCGUUGGGUCAACGCAGUUUUCGAGCAAGUCGAGUACCUGGGCAGGGAUGGCAGUCCCAAAGUCUACGAGCCUGAGCCUAGCGUCCCGCUUCGCCAAUCGCUGAGACAGCUGGCCAAGAAAAAGGCUCAAGAGCAGAAGAGUACAGGUCCUCCCCUUACAGAAUCCAAAGCUUACAAGAUGGAAGAGGAAUUGUUGGUGAUUCCUCUCACGAAGCAGGAUGGCUUGUUUUACGUGGAUGAAGAAAGCAGCUCCUUCCAUGACAGUAACAACCAGGAAAAAGGUCCGGGCAGUGGUAUCAACCUUUCGAUGUCUGACAUUUCUGUUCCAAUGGGCGAAUAUAAAAUUCAGGCAUUGGAGGACUAUAAAGUAUUCACUAAUAUUAGCGAAAGCAGUGGUCAAGCUAUAGACAAAAUGAAGGGUAUAAGCUCGAAGGGCUCCUAUCCCCUGCAGUUGGGAAACUCUACCUUCAAAACCGACUUCUGGACGGUGGCUUCUUUUGCUACCGGCACAGACAAAAUGCUUCCAUCUGAUGGGAAUACUAUGACAAACAUCGGUUCAACUUUCAAGACGGAGGCGCAAUUUGAGAAAUCGGCUGCAACGGAAUCUACCUUCAUAAGAGGAUUGAAAGCCUUCCCUGGUUCUGGGCUUCAAUUUGAGGAGGACGAAGACGAAGACGAAGAAGCCGAAAGUUCCAUGGAAGAGGAAGUGGAUGAAGACUAUGUUUCCGAUGCUUCUUGGGAAGAUGAGGAUGGCGAGGUUGACAAAGUCCUCAAAGAACUGGAAACCCUUCAAAAGGAUUAUAAAGGAGCCUUUGAAAAGAGCAAGUCCCCUCGUACUAAGGGGAAGCGACAACAAAGAACACUGGAUAGGAUGGCAAAUGGAGUCUCUAGGAUGAAAGAAAUCAGAAAAGAAGCAGAGAAGAAAGUAGCAGCCAUUGAUCCUGCAAUGUUCUUUGGAGACGUCGACGAAACCUCUCAAGCGAUGAUGGAGAAGCUUCUUGUGAUGGCUAUUACUUACAUACCGCCUACUGAAGAGAAGAACCAGGGCAGUGGCGAAGAGGAUGAAGGGAAUUCGGGGGAGGAACAGACAACUAAAAUGACGAAGAACCGAAAAGAGAAAGCUAAGAUGAAGAUUGAAGAGGAGAAAAAGGAUGAUGUGGAAGACGAUUCAAAUUUAGGGAAGAGGCAAUGGAAAAGUGGGAAAGGCAAGGAAACUGAUAAUUCUAAGACUAGUAAAGGCAAGAAAACUAAUAAGUCUAAGAGUGGGAACGCCAAUGACAGGAAGAAGAUUCAUGUCUAA